AUGGCGGAAGAUGAACCUCGCGCCAAGCGCUCGCGCUUCGAUCAGACUGAGCCCGAACCUCGACGUUCCCGAUUUGAUCGCCGCUCACGGUCUCCUUCGAACCGACAAUCGGAAUCGACCAGAACCCGCAGUCCACUGAGUCGCCCACUGAGUGGUGAGCCUCGCAGCCCUGGCUCAGGUGCAGCGCAAUCAACCGUUUCGGAUCCGGCCGCUGCUGCAGCCGCUGCGGCAGCCAAGAUUAAUGCGCAGCUGCAGGCUAAGAAAGGAAUCCAGCAUGUCGAUGUCCCUCCUAUCCGCUCGACCGAAGGCCAGGCCGACGAAAAUGGAUCGCCCAAUGCAGAGGGCGCAGCCAAGUUGAACGCCGAGAUUUACGUUGCAGAUGGCGAUUACAUCAAGGACAUCGAGAUCAAUGAUCUGCGGAAUCGCUACACCCUGACCAAGGGAUCCACUCAGAAGAUGAUUAAGGAUGAGACUGGCGCCGAUGUUACCACGCGCGGCAAUUACUACCCUGACAAGAACAUGGCCACGGCCGCGAAUCCCCCGCUCUAUCUUCACGUCACCAGCACCAACAAGGAUGGCCUUGAAAAGGCGGUUGCUAUUAUUGACGACUUGAUGCAGAAGGAACUUCCCAACCUGGUCGAUGAACGCCGAUUCCGUCGCCGGGAGCCUGAGCAGGUUGAACGGGAUGAGUAUGGUCGUCGUAAAUGGCCUGAUGAGCGCAUUCCUAUCGACCUUGAGCCCGUGCCCGGCUUCAAUCUGCGUGCCCAGGUCGUUGGCCAGGGUGGUGCCUACGUAAAGCACAUCCAGCAACAGACACGAUGCCGUGUCCAGAUCAAGGGCCGUGGUUCGGGCUUUAUUGAGUCCAGCACUGGCCGCGAGAGUGAUGAGGCCAUGUUCUUACAUGUUGCGGGACCUGAUGCCAACGAUGUUCAACAGGCGAAGGAGCUUUGCGAAGAUCUCCUGGCCAAUGUUAAGGAACAGUACCAGCGCUUCAAGGAAAACCCACCCCAACACAACUACGGCGGAUACGGCCGCGGCGGAGACCGUGGAGACCGCUACCACGGUGGUGGCGGUAGAGGUGGGUAUGGUGGCGGCUACGAGAAUCGUCAAUCUCAACAGAAUAGCUCAUCUGCUAGUCCCUCAGGCCAAGCAACCCCUGGCUCUGCCGGUGCUGCCGGAACCCCUGCCGCUGAUUAUAGUGCCCAGUAUGCCCAAUACUAUGGCGCCGAUCCCUAUGCGGCAUACGGUGGAUAUCAGAACUACGUGGCCUACUAUCAGUACUACAUGGCUGCCCAGCAACAGCAGCAGGCCCAGGAGGGCGCCGCUCCGCCUCCUCCCCCUGCCGGCGAAGCACCACCACCGCCCCCUGGAUCCGGAUCUCCCCCUCCCCCACCUCCCGGCGGUCCUCCUGGGGGCAAUGGAUACAGCGCGGUCCCCCCACCCCCUGGCUUGUAA